AUGGUUAUUUUACCUAUAUUGGCUCAAGCUGCUUAUGUAUUUGAUGCAUUUUAUUACUUAACACAUCAUUCAGAUAAUAAUGGUUAUGAAGGUUUAUGUUCAACAAUUUUAAUUGUUUUUGCAUAUCUUCGUUAUUGUUCACCAAUUGAAAAUCGUAUAUCACUUUUUAUAUAUUAUAUUUUAUUAUGUCUAUUAGGUGAAAUUGGUGGAAUUGUUUAUAUGAUAACAUCUAUUAUAAAAAAUGAUUUGUUUUCUACAAUAGAUUAUGCUUUAUGGAGUUUACUUGAAUUAAUAUUUACAAUAAUGUUAAUUUAUUGUCGAGUUAUAAAGAAAUAUAAAAUAAAUUUUAUUGUUGAAAAUAAACAUUUAUUUCAUUUUAUGUCUCGAUUAGAAAUUAUUUUAGCUAUAUUCUUACCAUUUUUUAUAACAUUAUAUCUAUUUGUUACAACUGUUACAAUAACUGUUGCUACUGAAUGCGUUUAUUUUGCUGUACAAUUACAUAUUUAUGAACAAAUAUCAGCUAUUAGUGAAUUAGUUUCGGCUUGUUUAUGUAAUUUAUUAAUUAUUUUACAAUUUUUUCCAUAUCAUUUUACACCAAUUAAUAUGAUAAAAAUAUCACAAGAAUGUUUUGGAUAUCAACAACAUCUUAAUAUGUAUACGAAAAUUACAAAUGAAAAUCAAUAUACACCUCGAGAGAAAUCAAACAAAAUUGUUACAACUAUUGAUUCAUAUUGUUAA